CUUCACCCUGCAUGCACGGUGACAGGGAAAGGUGCCCACGGUCCUUUUUUGGAGACCUUUAUGCCCUCCCCAAGGGAAGAAAGCAGAGCCACGAGGACACCUCCAAAGCUUGAGGGAUUCUGGGGACAGGAGGGAGCCAGGCAGGGUGCAGAGAAGUCGAGCAGCGAGGUGGCUGCACCCCAUCCAGAAAGAGAAAUGAGCCCCUGCAGCACCUGCCCAAGCUGAGCAUCCCCUGCCUGCAACAGCUGCCUCAAACUGCUGCUGCCUGGAUUCCUUGCUUUUGGGAGCUUUGCAGAAGGAGUUCCAUCACCUUUGCAUCAGUUCCACCAGAUGCUGAGGCUCAGGGUCCACAUCCAGCCCUGAACUGGGUGCUGUUCAAUCCUGCGGGACCAACUGUUGUUUCCACUCCCUGGCAUCCAGGGCCAUUCAGUGGAGGAUGUGCCAUGCUGCCAAAUCACUGCCACAGCUGUGUGCUGAUUCCGAGAAUCUCAUGGACCUCUGUCGUGCGCAUGUUUUCUUCUUUCCAUAAGCUGUAAUAAAGCUGAUGUAAGCAGGGGAGCUCCUGCCCAAAUGGGUUGUGCAGGCACAUCCAGCACCUGGAGCAAGGGUUUCUCCUAGCCGUUCUUUGGGGCCCAGCCCUUCCGUGGGAAACAGCAAAACGCUGCACAAACAGAAGUCCACGUGGCUGUUUCAGAUUAUAGAAACCGAAAAUCUGACCCUGAACUCCAAAUACAGGAUGUAAACCCAUCCUCCUUCUCUGUUUGAUGGUGCUGACACCAAUGCUUUCUGAAAUGGUACUUAAAAUGGAGAAGAAAAUGCAUGAAAGCAGCCAUAGAUCCUGCAUGUAAAUAAAAAACUGAUUGCCACAGCAAGUUGCUUUGGCUGCCUUUGGCUGCAGGUGCAUGGCUGUGGUUUUGCAUGGGAACCCUGCAGCCAUCCCAGUGGUGCAGCAGUGAUGCUGCUGCCAGCACUGGGGCUGCCCCUCUAACUGUGUGUCUUUGCAGGGGCUGCAGCAGAGUACAUAAGGUCAGUGCUGUCCAGCAGGUGAGUCCAUCUCUGUCCUUUUUGUGCAUGGGAUGGAGCAGGAUGGGUCUGCACAGCCCUGGGAUGGGGACAGCACAGGGGAUGUGUGGUGGGGACACAGAGGAAGGACAGCAGCUGGACAACCCCAACUUCAACUGCUGCUUCCUCCUGGGAACUCAAUGGGCAACAGCCACUGCCACCUGCCUGCACUUCCCCUGUGCCAUCAGUGACCAGCACAUCCACUGGGAUGUGUUCCUUUCCCACUGAGCUCAGGGGUCCUAAGGCCGUGGAGCUGUGCCCAUUCUGUGCCCUGAAAACAUUUAAGUAACUUUUUCCACAGAUGCAUGCAUGGAAUUUCCCUAGGGCGCAGAAAGGUGACCCAAAGAAGUCGCCAGCCUGAGGGGUGGAGACCUUCAAAAUCAUUUAUGCCACCGUCCAAGACAUGGCCCAGUUGCAGAUAGAUGAUGAGAAGAUGAGCAGCAGCACAUUGGGGUGCUGGGAGCAAGAGAAAAGCCCCUGUUUGAUGGUCGUUGAGCUGCAUCCCAUGGCACAGCCCUGCAGUGCCCACAUGUCUGCUGUGAGCAUGGAUCCCUGCCACUGGGGAGUCAUCCCCAUCACGGACACAGUGCUCAUCUGAGACAAGAGAUCUGAUUGUGUGUUGCUAUCUGGGUGAGAUUUGGGAUCCUAUAUCUGCCCUCUGUGGCCACACCAGGGGACAUGGACCAAAACUGUGGCUGCACACCCAGCCUUGCCCUGCAGAGAAGUUGCUCCUUGGAUGCUCCUGCAGAGAGAAGCCUCAGCAGAGGCUGUGCAGAGGGACGGGACGGCUCAGUGAAACUUCAGCCACAUUUUUUUUUUUUCUUUUUUCUUUUUAACUUGCUGAAUAUUUUAAUGCUUCGGUUAUUGAACAAAGAAAGUAAAAUAACACUUUGUAAAAUGUGGUAGAAGACCAAGUGUGAGAACACACACCUCUGCCAUGCACUGAGUUUCCACGGCACUGCUUGCAGCGACCUCACAGCCCCCGCAGUGCCCAUCCACUACACCCAGCACUGCUCUGUGCUGCAGUUCAGCUAUGGCUGGUCCUGCAGGAGAUGGUGCAAGGCUGCACUGGGAGGGAGGGGGUUCCCUCUCAGGGGAAAACGUGACAAGGAAUGUGGCCUGGUGCCAUUCUGCACAACUCCUUGUAUAUACUGGUAUGUGAAGCACUGGAGCUUUGUGGUUGCAAGCAGCUCUGAACCCCCCUGAGCAGCCCCCAGCCUUUAGAUCCUGCAUGGGGAGCACAGCUGGGGCUGCUCCUUAGCAGGGCUGGGCUGCAGGGGGGGAAUGUGUUGCUUUGCAUUGUCCCAGUGCCCCUCGCCAUCCAUUUCCAGACGGACACAUCUUCCCACGUGCUGCUUCCCCCGCUCUUUGUCUUGUCUGCACGGAUACUGAAUUAUUCAGGGAUGGAACCGGAGAUCCUUUGAAGUGCCUGGCACAGGAGAGCCCUCUAGGAGCUGCCAGAAUAGAAAUGCAAGACACAUCUGAGCUCCAUUUCUUUCUGCUUCUUUUUUUUUUUUUUUGAUGAAAAGCAUCUUAUUGACAAACCCACGGUGCGUUUUCUGCAUUUUCACAGCAUGGUCAUAUACGGUUCGUUUUUCUGUUUCUUAAAUUCAUACUCAUCAAUUAAAAACAGAUUUAAUGCUCUGUGGAUCAUGUGUUUAUCCAAAGGGUUCAUCUGUGUGGCAUCAAAUCCGUCCCAGCUCUCUGCUGCCGAAUGGGGCUGUGCACAAUGUAGUGUGUGGCACUGGGGCAUCGCCACCUCCGUUGCCCCAUCACAGCUUCAGAAAUGCCCCCGGGGAUAAUUUUAGGCCAUGAAUCACCCCGUGAUGUUGCCGACACCUUCAUGUUCACAGGAAGCCGUUGGCAGGGCAAAAAAGGGGAAGGAAGGCACUGUGGGGCCUCGAGGGGGGGGGGGGUUCAGGAGAGGAUGGAGGCGAAAGGAGCGGGGCGCGGGGGACUCUGCCUUGCUGUGCUCUGUGUGGGUGUUGCACUCGCCCUCAAGGGAGAGGAUCAGGGAGAUAACAACAUCACCCAGCACAGUGAUAUCUCGGAGGCUACGGGAGCUCCCACUACAGCCACCUGGGAUGUGAGCGGGCUGACAACGGGACCAGUGGGCUCCCCCAGCCCCUCUGAUACUGGGAACCUCACCACCAUCACUGUGCCACUGCAAGCAGAUGCCCCAGGGAACCAAACCCGAAACGAAUCGGGUUUCCCCAUCAGGUACUGGUCCCCCAUCAUUUUUGUGGUCCUUGCUCUGCUCGUGCUCUUCUUCACCUACCGCAGGACCAAAGGCAAUGGGUCACAAGAGCCAACCACCUCCAUCAGUGACUUUUCAGAUGUGGCCGACCCAGAAAAUGACACAGCUUUGACUGUUCCUGCUGCCCAGAAGAGAUCAGACAACCCUCUGCCCCAGGAGCUGAGCAAGACUACCCCCUGCCAGCCAGCCCCCUCCUCAGAACAGCUUUCCCAGCAGCCCACGAAUCCCACCGCUGUAGGCGCUUCCCUCUGCUCUGGGGUUCCUGUUGAUGACUGAGUGUGAAGCAGGGGAAUCAUCAGCUUUUGGACACCCUGAAGGAGCACGAGGCCACUCCAGUGGGACAAACUGUGCCAACACACCUGGGCAGGAGACAGAUGGAUGCUAGAGGAUGCGAGCAUCAUACACCACCUUGGUCCAGCCAAAGGAUGCUCCAGUGCAUGGCCACCUCCCUGCAAAAUGAGGACCUGUGUGAGACGUGUACAUUUACUGCACCCAAGGAUAGGUCUUGGGGGUGUCACAAUGGAACCAAUAAAGCAGCCUUUUGCCCCAGAAAUCCUGGAUUUUCUGCACCCUGUGCAUCAAGCUGUCGUUUACUCCCACGUGGCCCAGCACACAGGAGGAGUGGGGGCAGCUAAGGACUUACAUGCAGAGAAAAGGGGAAUGGUUGGAAAUGUUGGUGCUAAAUUAUUCAUCUGGGGGAGAGAUCAUGCAGCGAGCAGCAGCCCCAUCUGCCUCUUACUCUGCUCCCUCCAUGCACAGCAAAGUGCAAGGUGCAGGCCCCCAGGGUGAUGCGUGGGGGCUGAGAGUGGGGACUCAAAAAGCACUGAAAAAAACAUCAAAGGGACCACCAACAUCCCCUCCCAGUGACACGGGUGGAGGUGCAGGUGGGUGCUGAGCUGUGGGCGUUGUGCACAUCUGCUGUUUGCAUGCAGCGGGGUUUGCAGGCUGUGGGGUGGGAAACACACAAGUCCCAAAGGCUUUGGGUAUUUCUUCAGCCCUCUGCUUGUGCUCUGCUCACCCCAAGCCCUUGGCCCUGGAAAAGCUCAAAAUCCCUGUCCUCAUCAUCUCCAAAUUGUUGGCCACAUAAUCCUCAAAAUUUGGCUCCAUAAACUCCAAACCCACAGCUCCAUAAAGCAAAAGUCCCAUAAACUGCAAGCCCACAGCUCCAUAAACAUCAGUUACAUCCCUCAGAAACCCUAAGACCUCGGCACCAUAAAUCCCCAACCAUUGGCCAUGCAAACCCCAAGUCCUCGCUACCCCCAUCCCCAAAUGUUUGGUCCCAUAAAUCCCCAAUCGUGUCCUCAUCAAACCCAAAAUUUUGCCUACACAACCCCCAAACCCACAGCUCCACAAGCCACCAACUCUCACCUCCAUUAACACCAAAUCCUUGCCUCCAUAAACACCAGGAGCACGGUCCCAUAAACCCAAACCCUUGGCCAUGUCAGCCUUAGACCCUGGGCUCCAGAAACCUUAAAUCCUUUCUCCCACAAACUCCAAACAUCAGCCCCACAAACUCACGUCCCAUAGCUGUGCUGUGCGACCUCCCAGGGCAGGAUGCCACUCCCCCCAUCGCGCUCUCUAGAGGCCAUAUAUGGCACUGCAGGUGUUGGGUUGGUGGGGGGGGUGA